CUGUAGAAAAAAAGAGAAUUCAUCGCUUCAAUGUCUCAAGAAAAUAUUGAUUGAGAUUUACUCUGGAGGGAAACGAACGGAAGAAUGCAGUGGCUAGAGAUUUGUUUUGCUGUACAUGAUGGCUAAAAGUUCAUCUACUCGACAUCGGGAGAGAAAAAAGUCUUCCCCGUCGACCUAUUUCAAAGAGUCUAAGUUUGACAAUUCGUCUAAAACUUUGAAUGCUGACUUAUCGCCGACACUUGGGAAAACCAGCCAAAAUCUUCGAAAUCAGUGGCUUUGGAGAUGUUUUAUUUUUACUCUUCUGUUGUUAACUGGAAUCAUCUCGCUGUAUUUUGAUAACAAUUAUAAAUUCUUCCCACACACUUGGAGCUCCAUCAUGGCAGGCCUCUCUGGAACUCCAAAGCGAGAUGCGGAAGUUCCGUGUUCAGUUAUGGACAACUCCACAGUUGAUCACCGUUCAAAUCUAACUCUAGCGGAGUUUAUUCGUUGUUAUGACGCGAAAAGGUAUUCCUCGUUUGACAAGUGCAAAUUAGAUGGAAAAAAUUUGCGUCCAAAACUUGACUAUUAGUAAGCAACUUUACUCUUGAACCUGACGUUCGCAAUAUUUUUUCUGACACGAAAUCGAGGUGUAAUGAACAGAAUGGAAGGGCAACUCAGGUUGUAUGGCAUUGUGAUUCUUUCCAUCAGUUUUUUUCUUUUUAAGGGGGGUGGAGGGCAGGGGGUAGGGGAGAGAAGUGGUGACCUAGUGUUAGGGAUACUGAACUCAGGAUCUUGCAGGCCAGGUCCAACCUGUAGCUGACCCAUUGGGCUGUGUUCUUUGGCAAAACACAAUGUCUCCUUCUACCAGUAGUGUAAAUGGGUACCAGCAAGAUGUCAGGGAAACUAACUCAUGAAUUCCAGGAAUGUGCAUGUAGCUGUUAUCAACUAAUAUCCCAACCAGGGUGGAGUAACAAGUCACAUCUUGUAAUCAGUGCCUGCCUUCCUGGGCCAAGCAGCCCUUAACCCUUUUCACUCUAACAAAAGAAUGCAUAUUCUCCAUACUGCUCUCAAACAUUUCCUAACAUGCUGACAAGGAGAAUUUUUUUCACAAUCAAGAGCUCUUUUAGUUGGUGAUCAUUUCCUUUAUUCUCAUGACCUUAAUAUGGGAUUCAGGGUGAUAUUUUUAGGAGAAAUUACAUGCUAGUCACUCAAUGGGGUCAAAGGGUUAAGACUCAACAAAAGAGUGAGGUUUGGAUCCCUUUUCAUACUUACAAUUUUCAGAUUUAAAAGAUCUUAGGGGCUACUCACCCCCCCCUCCGUGUCAAUCACUAUGACUCUUGUUGACUUUAUGUAGUGUUAUUCAUCUAUUUUUUGUUUCACUUUCAGACCAGUUGUGAUUACUGAUAUCUUGAAAAAUUGGAAAGCAAUGAACUGGACAAAAUCAUUCCUUGUGAGAAACUACGGAGACAAGAGAGUAUCAAUGAAAGCCACUGAGGUUAGGAGGUACAUGCUAAAAACAUUGUAACUCAUGCAUAUGUGCAAAAUUAGACCCAAUGAAGUUUAGGUCUUACAGCUUGGUUUCUAUGCCACUCAGUAGUCACAAGAUGUAUGUGGACAUCUCCUGGAAGGUAUGCUACAACCUUUACCAGUUUGAUGUUUCCCUCUAAGGUCCAAUAUACAAACCACCUGGCUACCUCUGAAUGGUGGUUAAUGGUUUAUUUUAUAGCACAGCCACUCCCUUUAAACCUCCUCAAUGUCUUCCACAGUAAAUACAUGUGUAAUUUUAGCCAUUUUGCUGGAUGUUGGUCUGUUUUGAAAAAAACCUGUGUACAUGGUUGGGUGAGAAAAAUUCAACCUGCUGCUGCACCAGGAUUUAGUAAAAUUAAUUCCACCCACUUGCAUACAAUUAUGAAAACAAAACUGAUACUGAAUUAUUUACUCUGAAUGUUCCUUCUAGGGUCCUCUGAACAAAGCCCAGGGAUUUGCAGUACCCCUGAAGAAUUUUGCUGAACAUGUACAUGAGGGCCAACCUGAGUUGUGGACUUACCUGGAAGAUGAACUGUUUAUUGAAAUGAAUCCAGAACUUAGAGAAGACUUGGGGCAGCCAGUGAGUAGUUUUAGUGUCUCAGAACAGGAAACAUCCUCAGAGACCCGGGGGUUAAGAGUCGAUUUCUCUCACCCUGAUUUUAAAUUCAUUUACAGCCCCUGGGUCCCCCUAGGAUAAACAGGUACAUUUAGUAUACACUCGAUUGCAAAAACGUUGACACCUUGAAAGCAUAAACUGUAACUGUAAACGUAAAUCGUCCGAGUAUGCUUUGGGCAUACUUUUUUUUCCAGCAAUGUAUUUUUUAUUGCAAAGAAUAAGAAUAGUAAAUUAUUGAUUAUCAUGAUGGAAAUGAGGUUAUUGUUUAAACACUACCCACAAAUCCGUCAGGUCUCAUCGUUCACGGUUUAUGCUUUCAAGGUGUCAACGUUUUUGCAAUCGAGUGUACAUGAGUUUGAACUUGCUUAUUGAUAUAUAGUUCUAUGUAAAUGUUAAUUGACAGUGUGGGCUUAAAUUGUUACAGCCAUCUUUAUAUUAAAUUUUAUGUACCAGCCAUAAGCCAAAUAUCUUAAAUUUCAUCUUUUAUUUAGUGAAUGUAAGGUGGUUGAAUUAUUAUGCCAUUAUACUGACAUAAACAUAAUUCACUUCAGAUUUGUUCAAAUUGGUCGACUUCUUGGAAAACAAUAAAACAUUAUGUAGACCUUUAAAUGCAGGAAAACAGAUUUGCAUAAGUUAAGAAUUUUAAAGUUUCCAAGAGAUCAUGCCCCCAGCCCCUUGCCUUCCAGGCCUUUAAAAGAGCCAUCUGCUUACUAUUUUAGACUGAACAGUCAUGAGUGUGGUAAGUAAUUUGUGAUUGAUGUCAAAUUUUAUAAGAAUCUCUUAUUUUCAAACACCUUUACUAGGUGUAUUUGAGGGAAGACUUCUUCCAGUUGUUACCAAAAGAGAUUCGACCAUGGAAUGCUAUGCUCCUCUGGGGUACAGCCCACUCAAGGUCGUCUCUUCACAUAGGUACAAAGUUAUUAUAAUACUGUUUUGUUAUUUUUAAUUUCAUUUUUUUUUGUAAUUGCUGUGAAGGGUAACAAUAGUUAUCAACAUUUUUUCAAGCUUAGCAAUUUGCUUAGGUUGACCAAGGUUACAUUAUAUGAUGAUUUGGUUUAAUCAUCUGGGUGGACUGUAUAAAUUGGCCACCAUGGAGAGUCUCUAUAGCUGAUGUUUGUCCAAUAUGUGUUCAUGCAAUAUGUGGUAGGGUUUUCACUUGGAGAUGUAGGUUAUAGAUGUAGAAUCUGAACAGAGUUGGUGGCUGAAUUGAAUUGUAUUUGCUCAGCACACAUGGCAUGUUGCAUUAGCAACAUGCCCUAUUAAGGAGGUCUGGGGGCAUACUCUAUUAACCUUGUUUUCCAGCAUUCUGGGACAUGUUUGAUUAACUUUUUUGCCAGAUGUUGAUGCUAGAAUUGGUUCAAAAAUACUUUCUUUCUGUCUUUAAAAGUAACCGGGGCAAAUUGGUCUGAUAGCUAGCGGGUUUCCAUUGCCUUCUGGCUCCAAAUGACAACUCAGUAAGGCUUUUAAUUUAAGAUGACAGAUGACCAAAGGUACUUUUGAGAGGUUCUAAUUACCUUAGCAACAUGUACAAACUCAUAUCACAAGAUUUUGAUGCCUCAUGAAUUUUUGCUUGAUUACUUUAAUUUUGCCAUUUGUAGCAGGCCAAUAGAUCAUGAAUCAGUGAACUUGAUUCAUUGUUUUCACAGAAGUCAACUUUCCCAACAGUAAAAACCUAAAAAAACAUGUUUUGUUUUUAUUUAGAUCCUUACAACUGGACUGGUACAAAUGCUGUUUUGAGAGGAAAGAAAAUGUGGAAGGUACAGAUGCUUUCUGUCUAAUGAUUGGCUAUGAGUUUUUCUUAGACACUGUUGUGACUUUAACUUUCUUUCAAUGUUUCAGCUUUUUCCUCCUGGCCAAGAUCAUUUAUUAUAUGUCAGAAAAAAUCAGAGAUGUGGGUUUCCACUGGAUUGUUUGAAAUACAACAGGUAAAAUCUACAAAAAUGAAAAUAACAUUGAAGUGGCCUUACAUAUGUAGUUCCAAACAUUUGAUGACACAAAUGAUGUUUAGUUUUCUUGGAAAAACCUGUGGGCUGUCUGUUGGCAGACUUUUGGGCAACUUAAUGGUAAAGGGGACUUUCAGCCAAAGUUUUGGUUGUCAAUUCAUUCUAUAGUCACUAUCAGAAUGAUGCGGUUAACAAUUUCCUUUUAAAAAAAAAUGAUAUUACAAAAACAUAUUUUUGAAAAGUUGUCUUUAUUAAACCAGUUUUUUCAUAUUUGACAAACUCCAUGUAUAAGAAUGGUGAAUAUUUUACGUUAGAUUUAUUUUACGUUUAAUUUUUGUUUCUUUUGUAGUUUGGAUUAUUAGUUUGCAAAUUUGACCCUGACAAUUUGAUUGACAAAAAAACAUAGUAAACCAUUUUCCAAAGUUCCUGAAUAUUUUACUUUAUUUUAUUAAUUUUUUUGUAGCCCAAUAGAUGCUUUUAACCCUGACUAUAAACAGUAUCCAAAGUUCCGCAGAGCACAAGCGAUUUCUUUUACUCAACAGGCUGGAGAUUUAUUAAUUAUUCCAACUGGCUGGUUUCACCAGGUAAACAAAACAAUAACAUGUCAUAAUUCUGUUUACAGAAUAAAACCAACAAAUGAAACAAGGUAACAAAACCAAAUCCCAAGACAAUGAAAAAGAAAGAAAACAGGAGAAAACAAAACAUACAGAGAAGAAAACCGUCCAUUGUUGAAAAAAAAUCUUCUGUGCCUUGAAGCAUAACCAUAUGUAUUUUUAUCGUUGUUGCUGCAAAUUCAUUAUUUUUGUUUUGCAGGCGUAUAACCCUCUUGAAACAAUGGCCAUUAGCAGCCAGGUUAUGAAUUCACAAAAUUACAAGUAAGCCAUCAAUAUAAGAUAUUUGUGAUACACUCAGUUAAAAGGUGAAGUCGUCAUAUUAUCCAGAUAACCGUUUAUCAGAGCUUAGCUCAAUUUUGGGAACAUGAGCUGUUUGGGGGUAUAAUGCUUCAAACCUCCCCCCACCCCAUCUAAACACGGGCUUCUUGUAUCCGCAAUUUAUGUGGCAUUUAGCCACAACGCCGACCUUGACAUGUCCAGAUAGUUGUCAUCGGUGGCAUUCGAAAACCUUGACCACCAGACAUUCACUCCAAUGUAUUGAGCAUUCGACUGUGCUGUCUCUCUAAACUGAAGGCACUGCUAAGUUAUUCUUCGUUUGUAACUUUAUCAUUUGGUGUGGUGAAAACUUUUCUAUUGCUUCGGGGUAAUCUCUAUAAAAAUAUUCCGUUUUAUAUGAUAAAUUGAAUUAUACACGCAGUUUGAGUGGUUCUCACUGAUGAUCUAUUGGGAGACAGACGCGUACAUGACGUCACCGUUAACAAUAUUUUCUUUUUUUUAGCCUUUUAAAACUAACCGAUCAAGUGUUUCCGAGGGUCUGUACAAUAAUAGAUCACAGAAGACCCCAAAAUGUGGUAAAAACAUCAGUGUCACACGCGGCUGUGCAUCGUGUGCCUCAUUUUGUUCUUACCGCAUUUUUUCAUCAUCUGUGAUCUAUUACUGAAUUGAACAGACUCACGGCAGCAUAGAAUCUAUUUGUUAGUCCUAUCGCCUUUCCAACGAGCGAUAUCUGUGGCCCCAUUUGCGCUGUGUUCGUUCAAAGCGAAGUUUCUUUUUAUUGGUUUAAAAAUAAGAAUGUUUUAGACGUUUUUUCUCUUACAGGUGUUUUCUUUUUUCCUCUUCGGAAACUUACCAUCAAUUUUUAGCUGUGCUCGUGUAAACAAACAAACCCGAUCACAAUAGAGUUAAGCAGAUUAGACGCUUCCCUCCUUUUUAAAUCCUAGGCUAGCUGAGCAAGCGAUAUUUCAAGUCUUCCGAUGUAACACGCAAACUGAUAUGCAACUUUAUUAAGACCACAGAGGAAUUUGCACAAGAAGCCCCCCACCCGAACAUUAAGUCGGACUUUAGACACUUAACGACAAUUUUGCUUUCUCGUCUGGCAGGCCUUUGGACUCUGGACUUAAAACUUGGGCUUUAAAUAAGUUUGUUUAUUUAUUUUUCGAUUUUUUUUAAAAUUAGAUUAGUGCUUGAGGAGAUUUACAAAGCUGGAGAAAUAGAUGCACGGAAAUUACCGAGAAAUUUCGAGAAUUUAUCUGCGCAAAAACAGGUAAAAGAUAAACAAAUUAUGGUGUAGCGCUUUUUGGAAGACUAGACGUCGAUGACGUAACUUUUAUCCACAGGAAACUUCUGGUUACAGAAAGUAAAUCUUGAGACUAGUGUGUUCUUCGAUGUGAUAAUGAUUGUUUAAAGCGUAAAUAUUGGACUUUGGUGUACACCAAGAGAGGGGAAAUGGCCCAUUAAAGGGGCUAAUCUGUUGGUUUUCCUGAGAGGACAAGAUAAGUCUCUUAUGCCCACCCAGUUGGUCAACUUGAGUUGAUCACAACACUCAAAGGAUCCUUUGUAAACCGCCCGGGAUGUCAGCCGGAUAAUAAAUAUUAUGAUUGACAUGACUACUCAUGGAAUCGUUGCCAGAGUGGUAAUGCGGAUGGGAAUUGUCCGCUUAAACCACAGUAUACUUUUCCCUUUUCCAGGUUGAAGCCGUGGUGAAGAUCAUUCCUAAGGACGUAAUCGAAAAGGGAAGGAGAGUGACAGAGGACAUUCUGGAUCAACUGAAAUGGAAAGGAAAGACAAAACAACGCAAUAAAUGAACAAUAUUUUCAAAAGUUUUUUGGGGAAAGUGACUAGCCCUAAGAACAUCGAAAUAAUUGCACGUAGUGCUCAACGUCAUUGAUGUGUCGCCAAGCGACGCAAAAUCUUGUGAUUGCGCCGACUGCGCGGCGGUCUCUCAGAGUUUCUAGAUUUCUUUGAUAUUGGCCGGUGAAAGUCGGAAAGUCAAAUGAGGUCUUUUGUCAGAACUGGAAGAUUGCUUUCUACGUUUGAAUUUGGUUAUAUCUGCAAAUUGUUAAAACAAAUUUGAUAGGAAAUGAAUGAAGAAAAUAGAUAGGAAAUGAAUGAAGACUAUACGUAUGCGGUGAUAACCAUAAGUUAUAAGGAAAGUAACAAAGGGCUCCGGAAAGAUAAUAUUAAACUUAACGAUGUAAAUAAUUACUGAAGCUUGUAAAUUUUGAAGAAAAACCGAU